GUAGCAGUGAGGUCAGUAAAACUCAGCCAUGUCUUAAGCCAAGCCUUAGGUCUUCCUGAAGGAGACGGGUGGUGGGUCUCUCUGCUGCCUGACAGUGUGUGUGUGUGUGUGUGUGUGUGUGUGUGUGUGUGAGAUACCGGCCAAAGGAGGGCGUGCAGACACCAUAUCAUCGCAGCUGCUUCAUGCUGAGGGGUGUGUGAUGUGAUGUGGUUGCAGUGUUGUGUAGAUUAUAGUAGAGUGGAGUGUGUUGUGGAGUGUAGUGUGUUAUGUUGUGUAGUGGAGUGUGUUGUGUAGUGUUAUUGUGUUUAGUAGUGUGUAGUGUUAUGGUGUGUUAUGGUGUGUACUGUGUUGUGGUGUGACUAAGCAGCCAGAACCCGAGCAGGAAUGUGGUUCUCCUUCCUUUGUGGAGUUUUGUAUCUCUCUGGUGGAUGUGGUCUCACCUUCCUCCCUGAUCACACCUCCUUCACACACAAAACUGAGAAUCCUGUAGGAAAGUAGAUCGAUCAUGCAUGCAGGAAGUGUCUGAUAGACUCCACCAGGAAGCAUGAAUGCGUGCUGCAGAUGCUCCAGAUGCAAAAUAAUGAAAAGUGCAGCACGCACGCGGCAGAAGCAUGUACAGGAUGUGGGGAAGCCGUGAGGAAGAAGCCUGAUGAGCGACGGGCAAUGUGCAAAGAGAUGAUGUCAUGGUUUUAAGCGGAUGGGAGGAGGAGGAGGAGGAUGGAAUGGAGGAAGGGAUGGAGGGAUAGAGGGACGGAGGGAGGAAGGAGGAGGAGGAGAAUGCGAGCGUAAGGUUUCGCAGGCGCUCCGGAAAAAAAGGAAGCGGCGCUUUGUGAUGCGCAGGCGGCGCCGUGUAGCUGGCGGAAGACGAUCUCUCUCUCUCUCUCUCUCUCUCUCUCUCUCUCUCUCUCUCUCUCUCAGCCCAGCCCCAGCGUCUCUCCGCCCAAGGGAAAGACAGGAGGCAGACAGGAGGGACGUGGGGGGGAAAGUAAAAAAAACACAGAGUGUAAGAGAGAGGGAAAGGAAGAGAGAGAGAGAAAGAGAGAGAAAAAAGAAGGAAGAGAAAAGAAAAAGGAGGGGAAAACGGGAACGGCGUUGACGAAGCCGCUGCGAUGGCGGCCAAAUCGGACGGCGUGCUGAAGAUGAAGAAGAGCGACGUGGCGUUUACGCCCCUGCAGAACUCGGACCACUCGGGCUCGGUGCCGGGGCUGGCGGCGGGCUCGCGACCGGGCUCGGGCAGCGGCGAAGCAGAUUUCACGCGCGGGGAGGCGCGCUGCUGCGGUCCAGAGGACUCGACGUGCCUGCGGCUCGGCGGAGAGCGGCGGCGGUACGGCGCCUGGGACGGUCUGUGGCUGGUGGCGGCGGCCGCCGUGUACUUCGCCGACGUAGCCACGGACGUGUGGCUCUCUGUAGACUACUACCUGCGCCGCGACUACUGGUGGUUCGGCCUGACGCUGUUCUUCGUGGCGCUCGGCUCCGUCUCUGUGCAGGUCUUUAGCUUUCGCUGGUUCGUGCACGACUUCAGCACCUCGGAGAGCGACACCGCGGCCGCCGACGUCAGCAGCAGCAGCGGCAACGGCAGGACUAACGAGAAGCGCUCGGCGCCCUGCUCCUUCUGCCUCUGGCUCUUACAGUCCGUCAUUCACAUCAUGCAGCUCGGCCAGAUAUGGAGGUAUUUCCACACCAUCUACUUGGGUAUCCGGAGCAGACACAGCAGCGAGAACGACCGCUGGAGGUUCUACUGGAGGAUGGUGUACGAGUACGCGGACGUCAGCAUGCUCCACCUGCUCGCUACCUUCCUGGAGAGCGCACCUCAGCUGGUCCUGCAGCUCUGCAUCAUCAUUCAGACUCACAAGCUUCAGGCCGUGCAAGGAAUGACUGCUGCUGCCUCUCUGGUGUCCUUGGCUUGGGCUCUGGCGUCCUACCAGAAAGCGUUACGGGAUUCACGCGACGACAAGAAGCCCGUCAGCUACCUGGCGGUCAUUAUCCAGUUCUGCUGGCACUUUUUCACCAUCGCGGCACGCGUGGUGACCUUCGCUCUGUUCGCCUCCGUGUUUCAGCUCUACUUCGGGAUUUUCAUCGUGCUGCACUGGUGCAUCAUGACCUUCUGGAUCGUGCACUGCGAGACCGAGUUCUGCGUCACCAAGUGGGAGGAGAUCGUCUUCGACAUGGUGGUGGGGAUCAUCUACAUCUUCAGCUGGUUCAACGUCAAGGAAGGACACACGCGCUGCCGCCUGUUCAUCUACUAUUUGGUGAUCUUGUUGGAAAACGCGGCGCUCAGCACGCUGUGGUACCUGUACCGCUCGCCGCUGGGCACCGACGCUUUCGCCGUUCCUGCCCUGUGUGUGAUCUUCUCGAGCUUCUUCACCGGAAUCGUCUUCAUGCUUAUGUACUACGCUUUCUUCCAUCCUAACGGGCCUCGGUUCGGACGCUCUGCCAGCCUGAGCCAGCUGGAUGAUACCAACGUCACAAGCGGCUUCUCCAUGGCGACCGAAGGAGCCACCAAUUCCCUUCGCUCUAACAGGGGCGGCACUCUGGCAAGGGACGCUGACCGCGACGCCAAGUACGCCGAACGGGACGGAUGCGCUCCUGUUUUUCAGGUCCGUCCCACAGCACCGUCCACGCCGUCCUCCCGGACCCUUCGCGUGGACGAAACUGUCAUCAGAAUAGACGUAUGCAGGAACCGAUACCCUGCCUGGGAAAGGCACGUGCUGGACCGCGGCAUACGUAGAGCCAUCUUGGCUAUUGCUAACUCGCCGACGCCACCUCGACUGCAGUACAAGGAUGACAUGCUCGUCCAGGAGCGGCUGGAGUACGAGACCACGUUGUAGCUCACCC